AGUGUAAUUGGGGAACCUGUUUAAUGUUACACUUGCUUUUGGAAUUGGGAGUAAAACGACAAGCAGUUGAAACCGGUGUCCGAGAUUUAAUUCUGUGGACGUGCAACUAUUAACAGUUUAAUAGUACAACAUAAAAUAUAACAUUGGCGACGAGAAGUGGGCGAGCACAAGUACGGGAGAAAACGUGAAUUUUAAUAUGGAUAAAGUGAGUAUCCCGAUGUUUGAGUGCUUCAAAGACCCGGCUACAUUCGGUCGACGGUGGACUCGAUGGCUAAAUUCAUUUGAACUUUUUGCCGACGGCAAAGGACUUUUAGUCAAUGGAGAUACACCUGCUGCAACUUUACAACGCAGGAGAGCCUUACUUCUACACCAUGCAGGGCCUGAUGUACAGGACAUUUUUACUACCUUGCCUAACACGGGUGGUGUGGCUGAUUACGGAGCUGCAACGCAAGCCCUGAAUGAUUACUUUGUACCUCGUGUGAAUACUGCUUUUGCGCGGCACUUUCGCAAAAACAAGGAGAGACAGUGCAACAGUUUACAACAAGGCUCAGGCAAGAGGCCAGGGAUUGUGCAUUUGGUGCCGAUAUGAACAAUCAGAUUCGUGACGCAGUCGUGGCACGAUGUUCCUCCAGCUACGUUCGCCGAAAACUUUUGGAAGAGGGACACGACCUCACUCUGGCACGUGCGUUGGACGUCCCAUCACUCUGCGAGAGGAUUGAGGAGCAGUUGUCUCUAACAACGGGAGGAGGAGCUGCAAGUGCAAAUACAGAAUGUGUGAACAGGGUAGGACCAAAGCACAAUCAAGCUAAAUUUAAGAGACUUCAAAAUACACAGAAAAGUAAGUCAGAACUGCACCAAUGCUAUAGAUGUGGAAAUACAGAUCACUUCGGCAAAGAUCCAAAAUGCCCAGCUAGAAGUCAGAAGUGCCACAAAUGUAAUGGAAAUGACCACUUUUCCAAAGUAUGCAGGACCAAAAAGAAUAGGAAACAAACUGUAAAUAACGUGGAAGAACAGACAGAUUAUGCAUUUUUGGUGACAGACAACUCCAUGCAAAAUAGGCUGAAAGUGUGCCUGGGAGGAGUAAACUUGAAGAUGCUCAUAGACUCUGGUGCUACCUGCAAUAUAGUUGAUGAGAACACAUGGGGGAAACUGAAAAAUGAACACAUAAAAUGCCAUUCCUAUCUCUCAGCAGACAGGAAGCUAUAUGCUUAUUCGCCCAACCAGCCAUUGACAGUAAAUGGAGCUUUCAAGUGUGAAACUAAGAUUGGAAAUUCCAGUGAAUAUGCUGAGUUUAUUGUCAUCAAAGGACAUGGCGAACCAUUAUUAGGAAAGGACACAGCAGCAAAGCUUGGAGUACUGAGAAUUGGAACGGAUAUAGCAGUAAUAGCAGAUCUAAAACAGUCUGUACUGGCACAGUAUCCUGAUGUGUUUCGGGGUGUGGUAAAGCUAAAAGACAAACAAGUCAGUCUAUACAUCAAUCCUGAUGUCCAGCCAGUGGCACAGCCUUUAAGGCGAAUACCGUUCAACUUGAGAGGACCUGUAGAGAGAAAAAUAAAAGAACUGUUAGACACGGACAUAAUCGAAGAAGUGAAUGGUCCUACUCCAUGGGUCAGCCCAGUAGUAGUUGUGCCAAAAGCCAACUCUGAAAUCAGAUUAUGCCUGGAUAUGCGUCAAGCAAACCGUGCCAUCGUCAGAGAACGAUACCCUAUACCUACGGUGGAUGAAAUCCUGCAAGGCAUGAAUGGGUCCAUGGUGUUCAGCAAACUGGAUCUCAAGCGGGGUUAUCACCAACUGGAGUUGACACCUGCAUCACGCCAGAUCACAACAUUUGCUGUCCACAAUGGAGUCUACAGAUACAAACGACUGAUCUUCGGAGUGUCUUCAGCCAGUGAGCAGUACCAGCAUGAAAUUGCAUCUGCAUUAGCUGGAAUAGAGGGAGUCGAAAACAUCUCAGACGACAUUGUAGUUCAUGCAGCAGACCAGAAAACCCAUGACCAGCGUCUAUAUGCUGUCCUGAAGCGCCUGCGGGAGUGUGGACUUACAUUAAAUCCUGCAAAAUCUGACCUGUGCAAGGCCGACCAGCCUCACUACGCUGUUGCCAUUGCUGUGGGCAUUGUGCUUCUCAUCCUCAUCGUUAUCGUGAUCCUCGCGUACAUCUGCAGGCGCAGGUCCGAUGGCUACGAGUCCCUGUGAGGAACGCAUACGGGCACAGGAUUCCAACCACCUCUGUCCGUGGAGCAUCAGUCAUCCUCUCAUCUCAUCUGGGUCUGGUGGAUCCACGACAUUAUUAGGAUUUUAAAUCAAUACAGCUAUAACAAUUUAUGUCAAAAUACUUAACAGAUGUUUAUUUUAGCUCGAUUAUUACCAAUGAUAUAGACAUCAUUUAUGGUUCAUAUUUGCCAUUUACCCCUGUGAGAUCACAUUUAUGAUCAUACGUAUAUGAUUUUAGUUUUUUUUGUGUGAGAAAACAAGGAAAUAUAAUUAUAAAAAAGGUAAAAAAAUAAAAGCAAGAUUUUUGAUCAUUAUUGAUGCUUAUUUCUUAGAACUUAAUCAGAACAGGUGAAAGUGCUUGAAAAGUAACAAUUUUGUAACUUUUUUGGGGUAUGGUGCAGAAACGCACACACAC